ACAAUGUGUCAGAGAUCUGUCUGCGCGACACGAGAGUACAUGUGUGCUCCUAGAGUUUACAACUGAACUGCGAGAGAGUGACGAGACAACACACGACUCACACCACAACCUCAGUCAACGCGAGGCUUUCCAAGUGUGGGAUAGAAUGCCGGCGAUUAUAAGUAAAAAUUCCGACAUGGAUUUUGACUCACUACAACCCUGCUUCUAUCCAGACGAGGAUGACUUAUAUUUCUGCGGUCCCGACUCUGCACCUCCUGGAGAGGACAUCUGGAAGAAAUUUGAGUUACUACCUACGCCGCCCCUCUCCCCGAGCCGAGCGGCGCUACCUGGGGAGCUGGCAUCCGCGUCCGUGGGGGACUGGGGCGACUCGGCAGCAGGUCUCAUGAGUUUUGGAUUAGGCGACCCGCUGGGGUGCGAAUGGACCUCGGAGCUGCUGCUCCUGCCCGAGGAAGAUAUUUGGGGUGCGUCGGAUGGAGACCUGUUCGGCGGCUCCGCUUUGAAUAAUAACCCCAACUCAAUCAUCAUUCAGGACUGUAUGUGGAGCGGCUUCUCUGCCAGGGAAAAGCUAGAGAGGGUGGUCACAGAGAAGCUAAGCAAAGCCAUUUCCACAGCGGCUGCCUGUGGAGUUAGUAAAAAUGUCACUACUGCCGCUGUCAUCACUACCAAGGCGUCUGAGCUGAGCCGCUCCGUGUCGGAGUGUGUGGACCCCACGAUAGUCUUCCCAUUCCCUGUCAACAAAAGAAACGGUAGCAGCAGCAGAUGUCCACCUGGUACAGUCCCCGCCUCUACUGCCCAUUGUAGCGCCAAGGAAACUCAGAGCGACUCUGAAGAUGAAGACGAUGAUGAAGAAGAGGAGGACGAAGAUGAGGAGGAGGGCGAAGAUGACUCGGACGGCGAAGAGAUUGAUGUGGUCACCGUGGAGAAGCGGCGCGGCUUGUCGCCCUUGGCCACCGGCACGGUCACCAUCUCAGUACGGCCGAAGACGGGUGCCGCUUCCGGGGGCGUGGCCUCAUCUGGUGUCAUGAGCCGAUUCGUUAGCAACCGGGGAUCAGCGGGGUCAAACGGUUACGGUCAGGAGCUGAUCCUGAAGCAGAGUUCGGUCCACCAGCAGCAGCACAACUACGCCGCUCCCUCGCCAUACGCCUCUGACGAUGAUCACGCACCCCCCUCCAAAAAACACAAGACCUCUGACGCUCCUCGCCAACCUUCCCGCACCCUCUCUUCAUCAUCAUCGUCGGCGACCUUAACGUCAUUUGGCUCCUUCACAAUGGCAAUGGCAGGAUCCAAACGCAAACGCAACGCCAGCGGUGAUAGCAGCCCGCGCGGCGGUUCCUCUGGUAACUCCGACUCCGAAGACUCUGAACGGCGGCGAAACCACAACAUCCUGGAACGCCAACGGCGCAACGAUCUCCGCUCCAGUUUCCUCACGCUCCGCGACCACGUACCCGAGCUGGCGAGGAACGAGAAGGCGGCUAAGGUGCUGAUCUUGAAGAAGGCGGCAGAGUAUGUGUCGUCACUGGAGGUGGACGAGCUGCGGCUGACGCAGGAGAAGGACAGGCUGCAGGCGCGGAGGCAACAGCUGAUCAGGAGGUUGGAGCAGGCCAGGACUCGCUAAGACUUAUCAGUGGCACAUAAUUCAAACACGUACACACAAACAUAGGCACAUACACACUCAUGUACACACACACACACACACACACACACACACACACACACACACACACACACACACACACACACACACACACACACACACACACACACACACACACACACAAACCCAGAUGAACCCCUUCUCUCUGUCUCAAUUAAAACACACACAGACUUGGAGCGACACAGGGGAGGUGGGUGGCCGGGACACAACAGGACUUUUACUUCCGCCACUUUUUUUGCACAUUUGUUGACAUUAAGAAUGUUUAGAGUUUGACAUUUUUCAGGUGAAAAAAGAAGAGAAAAGAAGGAGGGAGGGGAAAGAAAGGAGAGCAGGAGCAUGCUUCUCUGGGCCCUCUCUCUUUUGUAACAUUUUUCAGGAAAAAAAAAAGAAGAGAAAAGAAGGAGGGAUGUGAAAGGAAGGAGAGCAGGAGCUUCUCUGGGUGCUCUCUCUUGUACAAUUGUUCUUUUUUUGUACCUUGUUUUUUUUAACUGAAUGUGACACUUACAUAGCCCCAAACCUAGUGACUUUCAAAGGGGUCAUGUUCGUUAGGGCCACCAUGGCAAAUCACGUUGUAACGGAAAGCAAAAACCCGCAUUUCUCAAUGGACAAGUUCAGGUAUUCCCUCCCUGUUUCAGUCCAUUUUCUACCGUUGGGUGCGUAAUAAAUACACCCCGGGCAUGGUGUAUUUCAGAGUUCAAAGUUCUCACUUAGGAGAAGAGUACGCUUUCUAUGCCUGCACCACUGCAAACAGAAGACACUAGUAAAACCACGAUAUAACAAAGACUGUAACGCUGUCACACGUUGGCUCACAACUAUGAUGUCAAGAAGUUUUGGCGUCUCUCUCUCUCUCGUCCUCUCUGUCUCUCCCUCUUGUUCCUCCUCUCUUGCACUGGUGCUCAAACUAAGGGCUCUAUUCAAUCCGUCUCACAGAACUUCAGCGUUACAAGGUGAUUGAAAUGAGUGGAGACUGCAUUCAUGGUAAACGCUGCAUACAUCGGCUCAAUGGGAAAUGACCAGCGAUACAGAUUGAAUUAGCGCCCCAAGUCAAUGGAUGUAAUAACUAUGUACCUUGCUAGCUGACACUUUUGUAAAUAACAUUACUGUAAAUAACAGAAAUACACUCAGAAUCUGCCUUGUUUUAUAUACAUUUUUUUCUUUGGAAUUUUUUAUACAUUUUGUCCAAAAGCUGCAAAUUAAUAGACUGGAAACGUUAUACCUUUAAAAGAAAGUACUGUAAUGCCUCGAAACAUUGUAAUAUAACAACAUAUUGUUUUCAUUUUUUUUCUAUCUUCCUGCUUUGUAUUGUACCAUGAUACUAAUUCUACACAUCUUUACUACGCUUUAGUGUGAUCCUGAAAAAUUUGAUACUUAUAUUUUUGUAAGAAAAUUAGUGUUUGGUAGAUAUCUUUUUAUCUCAUCAUUUUCUUAUUCUUCCCUCUAUUCAAAGUGAAUUAUUUUGUACAGAAAUGUGUUCUAUCAUCAUGUACCUGACCCUUUUUAUGUCUCUUUUUUCCCAUUUGUUUAUGUAUUUGUAAGUAUCGGUGCAUAGAACUUACUGGGGAACAGAUAUAAUAUGUUGGUUGUAUCAUUCUCAUAAUGUACAUUUAGUGCUGCAACUCAUAGCACUUUGAAAUACCUCAUUUUGACAAAUAAAUAGACAUUGAAAAUAAUUA